AUGGCAUUUGGGCAGAGAAAUACAUCUAGAGGAGGUCGCGGUGGUGGUGGUGGGGGAAGUAGCUUCAGAGGUAGAGGAGGUAGCAGAGGUGGUCCACGAGGAAGGGGAGGAAUGAGGGGAGGAAGAGGUAGAGGUAGAGGGAGACCUGUAUUUGACAGUGCUAGACUAGCACAAAAAGAAGAGGACAAGGAAAGUGAUUCCGAAUCCGAAGAACCAAGUCAGGAUGAAGCAAGUGAAGAGGAAUCCAGCGACGACGAUGAUGAUGAUGAUGAGCCAGUGCCAGCUGUAAAGUCUUAUACAGCUUUGAUGCAGAGUUUUACUCGCGAUUCGGCGCCACAAGCAAAACGGAGGAAGCUCAAUGUUGACAAGGAGGAAAAAGGAGAAGAAGAAGACGCAGAUUUAAUAGACGAGGAUACGAACGAUGCGGAUCUAGUUGAGGAGGAAGAGGAGGGACCCGAAACUGCAACAGAUGGUGCACUCGAGGAUGAUGAAGAAGAAGAAGACAAAGCGGAUCCAUUCGAAGCUCAUUUUGCCAAUCCAGACGAUAACAUAUUAUCAAGGAGGCUACAGCAUUUGGAAAAAGGGCAAUGGGCUCUGAGAAUGUCAUCACUUGCAAAGGUUGGAACGGCUAUCACGAGCGUCCCCGGUGACGGUCAACCCAGGGCUAUGAAAGCAAUGACUAUCAGUAGCCCAGAGGGUCUCAAGUUGAAACAAAAGCUGGCAAAUGUCAUCAAGAAACAGCGCCCUAUUUUCGAUGCAUUGGAAAAGUCUAUAGCUCCUCUUGUAUUCGGCUACCAGGAUUUACUAUUCACUGAGCGAAAUACAUCUAAUGCAGAAAGUCUAAGAAGACUGACUUGUCUUCACGCUGUCAAUCAUGUGUUCAAGACCCGAGACCGUGUUAUCAAAAACAACUCUCGUCUUGCCAGAGAAGAUAGUAGCGAUGAUCUGGAACUUCGAGAUCAAGGUUUCACAAGGCCUAAGGUUCUAAUGCUUUUACCCACUCGCGAAUCUUGCGUCAGAAUGGUUGACAUGAUUACUUCACUGUGCGAGCCAGAGCAACAGGAAAAUCGAAAGAGAUUCAAUGAUUCGUUUGUCGAUAAAGAAGAGAAUUAUUAUACUGAUAAACCAGAAGACUUCCGGGAACUUUUUGCAGGUAACGAUGAUGAUAUGUUCCGUCUUGGUCUGAAAUUUACUAGAAAAACCAUCAAGUAUUUCUCUCAAUUCUACAAUUCUGAUAUCAUUUUCGCAAGUCCUCUUGGUCUCAGAAUGGCCAUCGGAGAUGAAGAUGCGAAGAAAGUAGACCACGAUUUUCUUAGUUCGAUUGAGAUGGUCAUUGUUGAUCAAGCAGAUGCUCUUCUCAUGCAGAACUGGGAGCAUGUGGAAUUUAUUUUCGACCAUCUCAACCUUCAGCCAAAGGAAGCUCAUGGCUGCGAUUUCAGUCGUGUACGAAGCUGGUAUUUGGACGAUAAUGCCAAAUACUUCCGUCAAACUAUUGCAAUGUCGGGUUUCAAUACACCAGAGCUUCAAACUAUGUUUUAUACUCAGUCUCAAAACUGGGAAGGCAAAGCUAAAGUCACCUCUACUUAUCCAGGAGCUAUUCAAGAACUGGGAUUGAAGGUUAAACAAACUUUCUCCCGAAUUGACACAGAAUCAAUCGCCUCGGAUCCACAAUCACGUUUCGAAUAUUUCACAUCAGCAAUAAUUCCUACUUUAACCCGUAGAAGCAAGGAUAGCUCAGGAACUCUCCUCUUUAUUCCUUCGUACAUGGAUUUUGUUAAAGUAAGAAAUUAUUUCUCAACAUCAGCUACCACGAGCAGUCUAUCAUUCGGCAGUAUAUCAGAAUACACGACACCUAAGGAAGUUGCUAGAGCUAGGUCCCAUUUUUACAGUGGAAGACAUAAUGUUUUACUAUACACAGAAAGAGCACAUCAUUUCCGAAGAUAUCAGAUCAGGGGUGUUAAAAAAGUUAUCAUGUAUGGAAUACCCGAGAAUCCAAUCUUCUACAAGGAAAUAGUAGGAGGAUAUUUGGGCAGAAGUGUAAGAGAAGGUGACUUGGAGCCUGGUGCUGGAAGUGUACGGGCUGUGUUUUCAAAAUGGGAUAGUAUGAAGUUGGAAAGAAUUGCGGGCACUGAAAGAGUGAACAAGAUGAUCAAGGAGAAAGGCGAUACUUUUGAUUUCUUAUAA